AAACAGCAGCAAGUACAGGCCUACUCUACGUAUACGGGUUCGGAGCCACGUCAGUGGUGGAUCGCUAGCGCUGAAUGUCGUCAGGCAGACAUGUCCAGGUUGUUGGGUCUCAAUCCAAAGCUAGUGAACUGGAAUGUAAGAUGUCACUUUCUUCCGUGUUCUCAGCUUAAAAUGUAUUCUUGUUUUUUGCAGGGACAGACACCUCUGCAUGUUGCUGUCGUAUUUUCCCAGCCUGUCGCGAUCCGCUUGCUAGUCGAAGAAUUCAAAGCCGAUACGGCCAUCAUGGAUUUUUCCGGUCGUUUCCCAGUAUCCUAUCUCAAAGAAGAGCAACGGUCGGAAUUCGAAAAAGCUCUGCUGUUUUGGUAUUUCUUUCCAGAACUGCUGACGGCUGGUCGGUUGGCUCGCAUUCGUGAUGCAUUGCAUAUAUUGCGGCCGAAGACGGGGCCCACAGUUGAAUGUCGAGGGGACUACACCAGUUUUCUUCACCCGAAUUCUGAUAUAAACCUAUUCAAAUCACCUAUGGUGCCAAAACACGGUGGGAAACCUCUUUGUCCUGACAGUUUGUCCAAACACUAUGGAUCCCUGUCGCAUCGCUCCUCGACGUUACGUUCAGCCACCAAUCCUGUUGGAAGAGUCGGUCGGCAAGGAUCUGUUCUGCUCAAUAUGCUCCAUUCGGCUGCAAAUGCGGUACACUGCGAUCCAUAUUCCGAACAGCGCGCACAUGGGACACUGUAUGCACGAACUGUUUCAGCUGGUACUAAUGAUGAAUCUGGAGCAAGCAAACCAAGCGGUGCCGGUGACGCCUGUUCCCUGGACUCCUCCGCCUCUUCCGACCUUGGAUGUCUACAAUCGAGCUUGGUCAACCGGGUUGUACUGGAACCCAACGACACUGCUCUCGCUACAAUCCCCUAUCAUAAACUACCGAAGCACCCCCCAAGGUCUGCUGAUCCGGAGACACUGGCCAUUCUGCUCAGUCUGCUACCGUCCUCUCCAUCUGACCAGUCGCCCGGCAAAAAGAAAAAAGCCAACGGGCAUAAUUACCGAAAAGUUUUCAGACACCCCCGUUCGCCGUCCUCUCAUUCGCUGGCACUGGAUUCCGUGGAUAAGUUGCCACGAAAGUCUUCUUUCUCCCACUCAGCCGAACUUGCCGAAACUGAUAUACGUUCGUUGUUCGGUCGCCGAAUGCAUGGUGUGCUGCAGCGAAAGAAAUCCACAAACAGUUUGCAUUCCGCCAAUUCUUCUUUGGACCCAGAGAUAUCUGAUUCUCAUGUAAACUGCUCCUUGCGGACUCAAUUUCGUUGUCGUUCGGUUGACUGUGGAAUAUUAUCCAAGCCUUAACAUUAGCGAAAAAUAAUUGGGAUUUCAGUUUGCCGUUGUGUAUACCUGGUUUUAUGAGUCACAAUAUGCUUCAUUUUUAUUUUUGUCUUGUUAAAACGAUCAUAUCAUAUACCGAAACGGGGGAACAUGGAAGGUGUUUUUUAUCUGUCUAUUUUUCUGUGAUUAUCCACGGUUUCCACUGUUGACUGAUCACUCCUUAUUGAUCACUUUUACCUCAUUUGAAUGCAGUUUUGUUACCCAUAUUGUUGCUGACUACCGCUGGUUGUGGUGAGCAUUUGAAACUUAAUUUUUUCCGUGUCACAUGCUUCCCCGAAUAUGGUGGGGGUUGACCAGGGCGGCGUACUAAGCAUCCGCAGCAUGUUCUGCUAAUGUGUCCAGUUUAAACAGAAACCUAGCAUUGUAUGCAUACAUUUUUGGCAUAUUAUCACUUUUGCUUUCCCUGUCUGUCCGUUCCCUAUUCAC